AUGGCAUAUAAUGGUGGUGCCGUCAUUGUAAUGACUGGCAAGAACUGUGUAGCUAUCGCUACCGAUCUUAGAUUUGGUAUUCAACAUCAAACCGUAUCUAAUAAUCAUCCAAAGGUCUACAGAAUCAAUGAUAAGUGUUUCAUUGGUAUCUCUGGUCUUGUAACAGAUGCUCAAACUUUAUAUCAAAAAUUAGUAUUUAGACACAACUUGUAUAAAUUAAGAGAAGAGAGAGAUAUGACACCACAAGUACUUUCAAAUUUAGUUGGUAAUAUGUUAUAUGAAAAGAGAUUCGGACCAUACUUUACAGAACCAGUUAUUUGUGGAUUAGAUACACAAGAUAAACCAUUCAUCUCUGGCAUGGAUCUCAUUGGUGCCUCUGUAUAUACCGAAGACUUUUUAUUGGUUGGAACAAUGACUCCUGCCAUGUAUGGUUUGUGUGAAACUUUAUAUAAGAAGGAUAUGAAUGAGGAUGAACUUUUCGAAACAGUUUCUCAAUGCAUGUUAUCAUCGAUUGAAAGAGAUGCUAUGAGUGGUUGGGGUGCUGAAGUUACAAUCAUUACUCCAGCAAAGACAUACAAGAAGAAACUUUUAGCUCGUCAAGAUUAA